AGUCUGACGAAUAGAGACGCCAGUCAGAAUUUGACAUUCACGUUGAGAGCACGUUCGUUGUUGUGUGUAAGCAAAGAGAAUAAAAUAAAAUGCCGAAAAAACUGAAAGUAGUCGUAAAAUCCUUAUACUCUCACGAGAUUAGGAAAGAUGUUAGCUUGGAAAAUUUAAAAUCAUUGAAGCUGGAAGACGCGUGGCCUUUUAUCAGAGAGGAAAUCGAGACCGAAAUCGGCAACAGCCAGUUGGUCUGCAUCCCUCAUAUUACCGAAGCCGACUUGUAUAAAGUCACGUCUUUGUUCAUUCCAAAUGAUAAAGAAACUAACGGUAAAAUGUUCACGCCGCUCGGCGAGCUGAGAAAAAAUGUUAAUGAAGAGAAAUCCAAUGCGGAGUACGUGAAGUGGCUAGAGCAGGGAGAAUUCCAGGAUUCUGAAUUUAAAUUCCCACAUGAGAGCGUGAAGAUCACGCUUCAAGACGAAUCCAUCAAGAACAAAGUAAGAGUGAUCAUGGUGAAUUUUACAAGAACAACCGUGCCCAAAAACAAGGAACUCGUCAACAACAUCUACUUGGACGUGGAGAAUAAUAAGAAUCUACAAGGCAAGAAGUCAGUUUUCAUGAUCACAAACGUCCUUAUGGCUAAGACAAUAGAGUUCAGGGUGACCAGGGGCACCUCGUCGAGGAUUUUCCACCUGGGCAACGCAUCUCCCCUGGUCUUCGGCCUUGAAGAGUUCGUGAUUGGUGAAGACGGCAAACUCGUUGCUAAGGAGCCAGUGGGAAUCAAGUCGAAAUUGCUUCAAUGGAAGAAGAUCGACUCGUCCGACCACCUCUACAUCCCGGAGAAGGACACAGCAUGCAAAGCAUAAACCAAAUCAUAGAUAAUUCAGAGCACGCUUGCUUAGACCCAUACAUGAGUUUGUAAAAGCAAAGAGUAUGGCAUUUACAUCCACCGUUACAUUAUCACAAAAUAAGAUCCGGCGGAAUUAAAAAGGUGGUGUAGUUUACGCGGUUUGAAGGUCAAAAACGACUUGUUUUAACAUCAUGACGACGUAAAAAUAAACAACAAGCUUAAUUUUUGAGCAAAAUUAUUGUCGUCUAGUUAACGAUAUGAAUCGAUAUUGCAGUUUUGCAAUUGUAAUUUAUUGAAUAAAUUUUAUGAUUGUGAGUGCAAUGUGUUUUAAAUUAGGGAGGCCAUGGAAGACGAAAUAAACAGCCAAUGAAAAACAAAUAAUUUAUCAGUUAUAAAUUUGCUGAGUUUUCAAGGAUAAGGGUUUAAAUACAUGAACCUAAAAUAGAUCAAUCGCAUAGUCACAUGUAUGGACUGUGUGGCCGUAGCGAGCAUUUACGAUACCUUAUCAGAUUUUAUGCUGUUUACAUAUUAACCAUUAGUAUCGAGCUGGUAUUCAUGUGGCAUAGCCAUGACCUAGAUCUAAGUUUUCAUCUAUUUCAAAUAUGUACGUUUGUACCCAGUGUGAGCAUUGGGUCCGCUUUUAUCCUUUGCAUAACUUAUUAAAUAAUGAAUACCGAGGGUUGCAGUAUGUCACAAUCAGAUAGAUUUAUUAAAAUUGAAGCAAUUAAUAUUAGUAUAGUUUAGUAACUCUCUGUUUAGCUGGUGUACUUAGAUAAAAUUAAUUAGUUUAAUAAAUUAUUAUUAGUUUCUUUUGGCAUAAAUUAAAAAUUCUACGCAAUGAGCGAUGUUUGUCUAAAGUGUAUGGCCCGACAUUCCAAAAGUAUUGAGUUGUCACAUGAAUUUAUUUUCGGUGCAAACCUUUAACGCAAUCAUCUGUGAUUUUUGUUUGAACCAGUAUUGUAUGAAGUAUUUCGUCUACUUAUUUAUGACCAUGUGACUUAUUAUUUUUAAGUUUGUGAUUUGUAUGUGAUUUUUUAUUGUUUAAGUGUGUGACAUCAUGUACUUCAAGCGUCUUUCACAUUAAUUAUGAAAUAAAUGGUGUGUUUAAA